AUGCAAAAACGUGAAGCAAGAGUUGUCGCACGACAUCUAUUCUUGUACGGUUUCAAGGGAAAUUAUUAUUUUUGGACGAGUCAUGGAGAGAAAUUCAACGAUGUUGGUGAGAGUUCCGGAGCGAAUCAUUCGACGGGUGAAGAAGAAAUGUUAGAGACUCCUAUUUGGAAUGCUUAUGAAGAUCACCACCAGAAUAUUCCAGAGGUACCCGCAGACAUUGCGCCAGCUUACAUGCCGGAAGCUAUAGAAGAGACAGACAUAGCACAACCCUAUCAUGAUAGUGUUUUUGAAGCAUUUGAAGCAGCGACUCAACCUCUCUACGAAGGAUGUGCAGAAGGAAUUUCUCAGUUGUCUCUUGCUUCGCGGAUGAUGAAAGUGAAGAUAGAUUAUAAUCUACCAGAAGCUUGUGUAGAUGAGAUAUCUGAAGUAUUUAAAAACAUACUUCCGCAGCCAAAUAAAGCUCCAGCAACAUAUUACGAGACAAAGAAACUGACACGGUCGCUUGGGUUACCCUUACAGAAGAUUGACGUAUGUGUGAAGAACUGUAUGUUAUUUUGGAAGGGAGAUGAUGCAAAGUUGGUCAGUUGUCGGUUUUGUGGAGAAGAUCGCUACUACCCGAAGAACGGAAAAGGUAAAAACAAACCGAAACAGAGAAUGUUUUACCUCCCAAUAGCAGAUCGUCUGAAACGUCUAUACCAACUUGAGGCGACAGCUUCCAAUAUGCGGUGGCAUAAGGAGCAUGUAACUCCGGAAGGAGAAAUACAUCAUCCAUCUGAUGCCAUAGCGUGGAAACACUUCAAUGAGUUAUAUCUUGGAUUUGCUGCUGAAAGCCGGAACAUUUAUCUAUGCUUAUCAACGGAUGGGUUUAAUCCGAUUGGUAUGAAUGGCGAAGCACAUUCCCUUUGGCCAGUUAUUGUAACUCCAUACAAUUUUUCUCCGGGAAUGUGUAUGAAAAGAGAAUUCUUAUACCUUUCGGUGCUAAUUCCCGGACCCAAACAUCCAAGAAAAAGCUUAGAUAUUUACCUUCAGCCGCUGAUUGAAGAGUUACAGAGUUUAUGGAAAGAUGGUGUGGAGGCAUAUGAUAUUUCAAGGAAAGAAAGAUUCAUAAUGCGAGCAGUGUUGAUGUGGACGAUAAGCGAUUUUCCAGCGUAUGGGAUGCUUUCAGGUUGGACGACACAUGGUCGGUUAUCGUGCCCAUAUUGUCAAGAUGACACAGGUGUGUUCUGGUUGCGUAAUGGACGGAAACAUAGUUGGUUUGAUUGCCACAGAAGGUUUUUAGAUGAAGAUCAUCCUUACAGAAGAAACACUCAAGCAUUUACACGGGGAAAAACAGUUGUGGAUCCUCCUCCACCAUGGUUGACCGGAGAAGAAAUAUUGCGUGAGAGGAUAACUAAUAUAAAAGGUUUAUCAAAGUCCGUUGAAUGUGGAGGGAAUGGACAUGAUAAUCCAUCCAAGACAAUAUCUGAAUACGGAGUUACUCACAAUUGGGUUAAGAAGAGUAUUUUCUGGGAGUUACCGUAUUGGGAAACUCAUCUUCUUCGGCAUAACCUUGAUUUCAUGCACAUUGAGAAAAACUUCUUCGAUAACCUCACGAACACAUUGUUAAAUGCUCCUGGAAAGACAAAAAACAACGUAAAAAGCAUAUUGGAUCUUCCAGGUCUAUGCAAAAGGCGUGAUUUAGAGAUGAAAGAGGAUGGACCGAUGCCCGUGCCAAUAUUCAGGCUGUCAAAUGCGGCUAAGCGAGAAUUCCUUCUGUGGCUGAAAAAUGAUAUAAAAUUCCCCGAUGGAUAUUCCUCCAAAUUUAGUCGAUGUAUUGACGAAAGCAAUUUAAAGCUACAUGGACUGAAAAGUCAUGAUUGUCAUGUCAUUAUGCAACGACUCUAUCCAUUUGUAUUCGCGGAACCUCUUCCAAAAAAUGUUCAUAUGGCAAUUAGAGAUAUUGCCCUCUUUUUCCAAGAUAUCUCUUCGAGGAUUUUGAAAGAAUCAGAUAUUGGUCUUUUAAAGGCAAAUAUCGGUGUGAAGCUUUGUAACUUGGAAAAGAUUUUUCCUCCAUCGUUCUUCGAUGUUAUGCAACAUCUUCUUGUGCACCUUCCAGAUAAGGUAGCCUUAGGUGGGCCCGUCCAUUUUAGGUGGAUGUAUGUAUUUGAAAGAUACAUGUACCAUUUCAAGAAGAUGGUCAGAAACAAAGCACGCAUUGCGGGUUCGAUAGUUGCACAAUGGAUAAACAAGGAGAUUUCAAGAGCAUCCUCAAAUUAUUUUGGUCAUCCUGAGAUCAUGAGCAUUCCAGAAGGUCCAAAUGAUAUUCGUUUCUCAUACAAUUAUCCGGAUGUACCACCUUUGUUUUACCACGAAGGGAGAAUCAGUGGUCAAUGCUCAACUGGUUGGUUAAAUGAUAAAGAUAACACCGUUCUUCAGACAUUUAUGAUGCUCAACUGUGAAACAUUUGCUCCAUAUGCAGAAUAUAUGACACGGAGUAUUCCUGAUAUUACUCUAGUUGCAAUGCAAAAAGCGAAAGACACCAACUUUGCAGAGUGGUGCAAAGACUAUAUUAACGAUGCGACUCAGUUUUACACAUUUCCUAUGUGGAUGUUGGAUUUUGUACAAGACAACUAUGGCCUCAUACAAGAGAUUAUGAUGGUGGAGUAUCAUGGUGAUGUUGGCUUGAAGGUCAUGAUUUUUAAAUGUUCGUGGUUUGACACCACGGAAAAUCGCGGUAUGAGAAUACAUCCAUCUGGUCUUGUUGAUGUCUCACCACGAAGACAAUAUGCAAAAUAUGAUCCUUUUGUAUUACCUGGUAAUUGUGAUCAAGCAUGUUUUAUUUCUUAUCCACGGGUACGUCGACAUUCUGCCGAUGAUUGGUGGGCAUGCGCAAAAAUUAUUCCUCGAGGAAUCCGAGAAACGUCCGAAAUUGCUUUAACUGCGUGGCAGGAUGAUAGACGUGACCAAGUUGCAGAAAGUUCAUUGUUACGGGUGGAAACACAUGUUGUUGACGAUGUUUCUGAUUAUGAUCUUGCCCCGGUGAAUCCUCCAAACGAUGAAUAUGUAUCAGAUGUUGAGGUGCAAUCAGACGGUGAUUCAGAGUAG